AGUUAGAAUUGUGAGAGGGAGUGGGAGGAAGAAAGAGUGGGAAUUGGAGGCAGUGCAGUGCGCUGCAGAGCAAAAAAGGGGGGGUGCUGGGAAGAGAGAGCGAGCGAGAGAGCUGUAGAGACGAGAAGCCUCUGCUGUUGUGAGCCAGUGAGUCGCUGGAGGGCUGAAAGAGGAGACGCAGGUUCAAAAGCCGGCUUGAGAGGCUCCAGAGACACGAGUGAGGGAGAGAAGGUAGAAAGGAGGAGGCAGGGUGAUGAGAUCAAAACCACAAAACGAGGCUCGGAUGAUUUGAGAAUGAGUUGCAAGUAGGAGAAAAUUGGAUAAAAGUUGAAGAGAAAAAAAAAAGGGCAGGAGCGGGAAGAGGUGACAGAUUGAGGAGAUACUGCCGAAGUUGAUGGCAAAAGUGGGAGGAGAUUUAUGGCAAAAAAGAAGGAAGCUCUCGCCGUCUCAGGAGUCCGUCUUCCCUGUGUUUCUCGUGGACAUCAUCCAUCAGCAUGUUCUCUGACAGCAGGGCUCCGGCGGCCAAGGAGCAUAGAGCCUUCAAGCCUCAUGCUCCUCACUUCAUCCCGUGGCUGCGCAACAGCCUCAAGUCCCACCAAAGUGCUGACCUGGGGCUCAACGGGCCCUACAAAUCCAACCCUGAGCUCCAGGACAACCUGACCCCUCUGGAGAGAACCAAAGGGAUCGGAAUCUUCUCCAUCCCGGGCAAGAACAAGGCGAAGAAGAGCGAGCUGCGUUGCAAUGGCGUGGGAAUGGCCAGGAUGCUGCCGGUGGUGUUGAGGGGCCACCAUAUCUUGGGCAAACAGAAGGACGGCAGUCCUGCAAAGUCCAAACAGUCCUCAGACGUGGAACUAGAUCCCAUUAGCCAACCGAGCCUCGGCGACACUCCCAUGUCCGGCUCCCCGGUCGCUAAAUACGGGCCUCACGAGGGAACCCCCCCGGUUCCUACUCCAGCUCUUCUAAUCGAAGGUUCAGACUCUAAGGUUGGCGUCUGCUUGGAAGAGAGUCGGGAGGACGUUUGGGACUACACCAGCCACGUUAUUCAUCAGAGAGACCUGCAGUCAUCCGUCUGGCUCAGUUCAAACCCUCAGGGAUCAUCAAAAGAUGGACAGCGUGGUUUCAGAUCUAGUUUCAGCUACAUCAGGAGGAACUGUCAGAGCCAAAGAGACCUCAGUAUGCUCCGAGAAACACCUGUGGAAGGCUCCAAUGGAGUCAUCUUUUCCAAUGAUGCUCCUUACAAAGGUUUGGGCUUUACCACCACUCUGAGAGGUCCAGGUAAACACGGCAAACGUAUUCCGGGAUUGGCCACCAGCCAGACCAGGUGGGUCCGGCGCAAACCAAAGAAUGAGGAGGAACCACCCAGGAGGGGGAUAGACUGCAAUAGAAAAAUGGUUCGGAACCAGCUCAAGCGGGUGGUGGAUAACCUGGAGCAUGUUCUGACUGCACUGAGGGAUGUUCAGGAGGAAAUGAAAGAGGUGGUGCAUCAGAUCGACUAUCUGACCUCCUGCAUCGACCUGGAUGAAGACGAGCAGCACCAAGCAGCAGGAGGCGAGAGCUGUUCCUCUUCUGGCUCCAACGAAGUGACGGUGAUGAGAGCCCAUCCGAGGCCCUCGGUGUCAAGAGAUCACCGAGGAACCACCUACACCCUGAAAAGAGACCAUCCAAGUGGGAGGAGAUCACCUCCAAUUGAGUUGCCAUGCCAACUGAGCACAGAGUUGACCAGAGCGCUUCGAUUUGGAAGUUCUCCCCGACGCGGAGGGUUGCUAACGGUCAAUAAUUCGGAUUCUUCCGUCCAGCCGCAGCCCACGUUGUCGCCUCAAAGAAGUCUCUCCGUCCGACCACCCACCCCCGGACUCUCUCCGCUGACAGUCAACCUUCCGAAAUCUCCUCCAUCCUCCCCGGGAGGCUCGUCGUCUGUCAUGAUCAGCCCCAUCUCCCCGGUGUCCCCAAAAUGUCUUCCGACCGCCGUGCUCGGCCCAUCUGUCAUUAUCGAGCCGCCGCGGAACGACCACCCGGCGACCGUGCGCUUCUGUCUGUCUGCGACUUCUCGACACCCGUCCGCCAGCUGCCCGCCCGCAGACUCCGAGACGCCGACCCACGCUGACCGAGAAAGGCGAGCGUCAUCGGCGGGGCCGCCUCUCGCUGGGGCCGCCAAACCGCCGCCAUCUGGGCAAGGCCGCAGAGGUCGCAAACCUCCGCCUUACCCUCACAACAGACUCUCAGACCCCGCCAAGAUAACGCAGGAUCCCCGCAAAGCUCCUCCGUACCCUGAGAAAAGAAGACUGCUUUCAACCACCGUGUGAGACUGCGGCCCCUCCAAGGCCAAGAGAGUUUGAAGGCCGGGCCAUAAUGAGUUGAGUCGGAGCACGUUUCCAAGGUGACAGGACGUCAAUGUGGGGUGAGUAAGGAAAGAACAGCUUGUCUACAAAUCUCCUUGGUCCUUAGACUCAACACACACAGGCCAUCCUAACAUCUGUCUGCGUUAAUGUUCUGGUAACAAGAGCCCCUGUGCAGAUGCUCACUGUGCACCCACAGAUUGCACUUUUUGGGCUUGAUGAUCCCAAAGUGUAGCUUCUAAAUUGCAUCUUCACUCUAACAGAUUGCAGUCUCUUUUGCUUGUCGUGUGACGCUUGAAAUGUGCAAAAGUGGUGGAGACCACUGUACUUAAAAGCUGAUUGUGUGCUUUAGAUCUCACUCCUGGUUUCAGAAUGGAACAUUUUGGAGAGCGGCACAAGCGCAACAAAUUGAAGCGAUG